AUGCUGCUGGCUCACGACGCACGUGAGGAUGGCGCCAUCCCCGCCAACGAGUUCACGGUGGCCGCACUCCUGCAGGCCUGUGGACUCGCCAGGGACGAGAGGCUGGGGAGGAUGGUGCAUGGCUACCUUGUGACAAAUGGGUUCUGCGCUGACCCGUUUGUGGUUGGCUCGUUGGUCAACAUGUACGCCAAGGUUGGGGAUGUGGUCAGCGCACGGAGGCUGGUCCUCGGAUUGGCUUGCAGGGAUGUUGUUUCUUGGACUGCAGUUAUAUCAGGGUGCGUGCUCAAUGGGAUGCUGUCAGAGGCUCUCGAGGUGUUCAUCAUGAUGCUGGAAGAUGGUGUCCUUCCCAACCAUGUUACGAUGCUGAGUAUUAUUCAGGCAUGCUCUUUGAUGGGCCACUCCGGAUUGUUCAGUCCGGUGCACGCUCUUGUUGCUCUGUUGGGUCUCAAGGAUGACGUUUCAGUGGUGAAUUCUCUCAUCAUGAUGUAUGCAAAGAAUGGCUUUAUUGAAGAGGCCGCAAGGCUUUUCGAGGAUCUGUACCUUAGGAGAGGAAAUUUGUGCUCUAACGCUGAUGUUCUUGGCGCGCUUACUUAUGGUUGCGCUGUCUCAGGAUCUCUGAAGAAUGGGAGGGAAGUCCAUGCACACUUGAUUAAAACGAGUGCUUUCCCAAGCAUCAGCAUUGAAAACUGCCUCAUGGGCAUGUAUGCUAGAUUUGAGGAAGUUGACUCAGCACAUUUGGUGUUUAAAGGCAUGCAAUUUAAAGAUAUUGUUUCAUGGAACACCAUGAUCUCAUGCCUUGCCAAGAGUGACUAUGUAAAUGAAGCCUUAGAGCUUUUCAGUACUCUUCAUGGUGGUGGUGGUGGUGGUGGGCUUGUGCCCGAUUUCGUCACGGUCUUGAGUGUAGUGCAAGCAUGCUCCAGUGCUGGAUUACUACUGCAAGGGCAGAUGCUCCAUGGAUACAUUACAAAAUAUGGAUUUGUGCAAGACGUCUCGAUCUGCAAUGUUCUAAUAAGCAUGUAUGCAAAGUUAGGAAGAAUUGAUUCCGCUGAGCAGAUCUUCAAGCAGAUGAAUGCUAAGGACCUUGUUUCCUGGAAUUCGAUGAUCAAUUCUUACGGGGUACACGGAGAUGGUCGUUCAGCUCUAAGGUAUUUCUACCAGCUGAUAGAUGCUGGGACACAUACUCCCAAUGCUAUCACGUUUUUGAGUGUGAUAUCGGCAUGCAGUCACUCUGGUUUGAUUUCAGAAGGAUACAUGUGCUUUGAAAGAAUGAGAAAGGACCAUGGCAUUGAGCCAAGCAUGGAUCAUUAUUCUUGUGUAGUUGAUCUGUUUGGAAGGUCUGGGAGGUUCACUGAGGCAGAAGAAUUUAUCAGGGAUAUGCCUGUUCCUCCCAACUCAUCCAUUUGGGGACCUCUCCUAGCUGCUUGCCAGCUUCAUGGGAAUGUUGAUCUUGCAGAAAAGGCAGCUAAAGAAUUAUCAGUCUUGGAACCUGAAAGUGAUAUAUGGAGAGUCUCCUUAUCAAAUAUCUAUGCGUUGGCUGAGAGAUGGAAAGACUCAGCAAAUAUUAGGACUGAAAUGAAGAGAGUUGGUUUGAGGAAGGAGACUGGGUGGAGUUUUGUAGAUGUAGGAGGGGUUGAGGGUUUUAAGUUUGUUUCAGCAGAUACAAGGCAUCAUGACGCCGAACAAAUAUAUGCAGUAUGGCACAGUAUGAACAAGCACAUGGCAGAUGUAGCUGGUGAUAUGCAUCAACUGAGUCUGGUGAGUGUAAUUUAG